AUGUUCGUUACUAAAACCUCCAAACGAUUUGCGUCUAAAUCCAUCGUGGAUUGCUCGAUUCUUAGUACUAAUGCUUUGAUAAACGGAAAAUGGAAGCAUGGAGAAGGAUACACCGUUGAAAACCCAUCAACGCUGGAAGAAGUAUGCAAAGUCACUGAUUGCGGAGUCAAAUAUUAUCACAAUUCAAUCAAAGCUGCUGCAAUAGCCUUCAAGGACUAUAGACAUUCCUCAGCUGCCGAAAGAUCCCAAGUUCUGUUCGACAUAUAUGAUUUGAUCCAAGAACACAGCAUGGACCUCGCUCGACUAAUAACCUUAGAAAGUGGUAAGGCGUUUGUGAGCUCUCUCAUCGAAGUAGCAACCGCUGCUAAUUGUUUUCAAUUGUUUGCUAAAGCGGCUUCACGGCCAUCUGCAUCUUCAGCGUUGGAAACUUCUCCUUAUCCUCGAUUAACACUGGAAAUCAAUCAGCCCUUGGGUGUUUUUUUUGGAAUAAUAUCACAUUGGUCGUUUUCAGCCGCUGCUUCUAAAAAGCUUGCGGCUGUUAUUGCCACGGCAAACACAUGCGUAUUGCAGCUAGCACAAGAAACUCCGCUAGCUGCCCUCGCUUUAGGGUAUUUAUGCACUCAGGCUGGUAUACCAGAUGGAGUGUGCAAUGUGCUUCCCACGACACAUGGUCAGAGCACUGGCAAACUUCUGUGCACUGACAAGAGAAUUCGCAAGGUUAUAUGCACCAGUCCUUAUAAUAUGCACCAGUUCGUUUUGAAUAAUCGUGCUGGAUUGAGCGACGUUGAGAAGGUCUCUUUCACAUCUCGAGGUGAGAUACCAUUCAUUAUAUCUAAUGACGCAGAUAUCUCAAAGGCGGGACGAGAUAUAAUAAACUGUAGAUUUAGGCUAUCAAACGAAUAUGGAUCUCGCAGAAGUCGAAUUUUUGUUCAUGAGUCGCUAUACAACGAGCUCGCCUCCAAAUUAGUAUCAAUGGUCGAGUCAGAUAGCCGUUUGGGAGACGGUUUUGGUCACAGUGUCACAUAUGGACCACUGUGCAGCGAAAGUGAGAUUCACAGAAUCUCGCAAUUGGUUGAAGAUGCCAAAGACAAGGCAGCUACCGUCUUAUGUGGAGGUGCGAGAGCUAGCAGCCUAGGUCCUAGAUUCUUUCGUCCUACAGUUCUCGGUAACGUUAAUGAAGAAAUGAAGAUUGUCCAACAGGACUUUUAUGAACCUAUUGCCUCCCUUACAAAAUUCAAAUCCCUCCAAGAAAUUGUGGAAAGAGUCAACAAGACACAUAUCGGAUGUGCAGCGUACUUGUAUUCUUCUGACUCUAAGAAGGCUUUCGAAUUGGCAGCUGAUCUUAAUUUCGAGGUUUUGCACAUAAAUACCGCCUUUAACCAAGAUUCUAGUGCAAAAUGUAGCAUUUCUUGCUCCUCGAAGCUGAAACUCUAUACCAAGACUGAAAUUGUGAUUUGGGAACCGUGA